AUGGUGCUCAACAGCGAGGACGUCGACGUCCGACGUGCCGAAGCUCGCCGGGCGCGCGACCAAGAGCGCGUCAAGAAGCUCCACGACGGCCGCCUCCGCAACAUUGGCGCGGACAUUGUCGGUGUAAAGAACCAAAUCGCAGAGAAACAACAGCUCGCUCAACAGCAAGCUGACGAGGAAGAGAAACAAUUCCAGGAGCAAGAAGACCUGCGCCGGUACCUCAUUCGCGUUGAAGCCGAAGAGACGCUGGCCAAGCGCGACGAGGCCGCCAAGCUCCGGCGCGACUGGGCGAUGCAGUCACAAACGCGCAACGAGCGUCGAGAGGCUGAUAUCGCCCGCAGUACCAAGGACUUUGCGGCCAUCAGCGUGGAUGGCUGCAACGUCUCGUCGGCGCAAAAAUUCGACGGCGAAGACCGUGGCCGCCACGAACGUCAUCGACUUCAGGCGGCACAGAACCGCGACUGGGCGCAGCUUCAGAUGCAGGAGCGCCAGGCGCGGUUGCAGGCCGAGUGCGACGACGCCCGCGCGUACGCCGACACGAUGGCGCAAGUGAGCAAGCUCCAGGACGAAGCCGAGACCGAGUACGAGCGGGAAAAGACCAAGCAGGCCUUUGAAGUGCGCAAGUUCAACGAAGCGAUGCUGGCCAGCCAGCGCUUGAACAACAGUCGCGCACGUGCCCGAACGCUGGACAUGGACCAGAGCGAGAUCCAGGCGACCGUGUCAAGCGCGCUCGUGAGCGAGAACCCGCUUCAGGCCAAGACCGACGUGUCGGGGCGCGUCCGCGUUGACCACUGGAAGGGCCUCUCCCCAGAGCAAGCUAAAGCUGUUGUGUUCUCCAACGAGGCAAUCCUUGCGGCAAAACAAGCAAAGCGCGAGAAGGAGCGCGACGCGGAGCUCGAAGAGUCGCGGCAGCAAGACCUGCUUCGGCGACAAAUGGCGCAAUACGAGUACGAGGCGGAGAAGAAGCGUGUGCAGCAGACGCUCGAAGUGCAGCAGACGCUCAAACGCCAAGCCGACGAAGCCAAAGAACGAGAGCGACGGCAGAAGGAUCUGUCCCAGGGCAAGAUAGAAAAGGGAUUUUUCAACUCGUUUGGCACUUCGUUUCGAUAG